AUGGCGGAGGAGUACAGACAGCGCCUUGAUAAUAACGUGGAGAAGUUGGUGGAGAACUUUAAAGGACUUGUAAAGACUGCCAAGAUUAAGGACCCGGCCAACACCACACGCGAGUCCUUCCAGAGCUCGAUAUACGCCACAACCUUGGUUCAGGCCAGUGAAUCGCUGCUUAAACUCGUGUCAGAAAUGAAGUUAUCGCUGGCAUUGGGCGAUUUCGAAGGCAUGAGUCAGAACGUCGACACGACUUCAGAAGAGCUACUGAAACGAUGCGACGACGUGGACGCGCAGAUUUCGCACUUGAGCUCAGACAUCUCGUCGGCGUUGUUCGAGCUAGAGAAUCACUUCUACCAGUCAAAGUGGAGACUUUCGCCUACAACAGACAGUGACGAAACAUCGUAG